AUGGACUCCCCAAGCAAUGAGCCGGACUCAUCGGGGUUAGGGACUUCCGAGCAGAAUUAUCCCCCCCGAGUCUGUCGCAUCUGCUUGGAAACAGUAUGGCCAACCGUUCAGCCCUCGGAAUUUCUCCAAAAACCUCGCUUGGUAUAUGAGUCUAGCGAUCCGGAAUCCGGUCGACUGCUUCGCCCCUGCAAAUGCAAAGGAUCUUCGCGAUAUGUACACGAAGGAUGCUUGCAGUCCUGGCGACAUGCAAACCCUGGAUAUGCGACGCGGAACUACUGGGAGUGUCCGACCUGCGGUUUUCAAUAUCGCCUGGAGCGUUUGACAUGGGCUCGCUGGAUCAGUAGCACUGGCACCCAGCUAGCUCUUACCAUGGCCAUUCUUCUAUUGACUAUUUUCUUACUUGGAUUUGUUGCUGACCCCGUCAUUGAUCUCUACGUCGGCCCCUUGGAUGAUAAAUACCUGGAGCUGGACGAAGAGGCCUCUUGGCUUGAACACUUUGUGAAGGGAUUUGCGGCACUGGGAUUGACGUCGUUCCUCAGGGCGUUGUUUACCCUCUCGCCGCCAUUCUGGAUACGUGGCUCAGGUGUUGUGAGCAAUGGUCGGUCUACGGGACGUAAUCGCGCUGCCAACUUGAACUGGCUAGUGAUUCUGGCGGGAGUGGCCACUUUCCUUUGGACUGUUUACAAGGGUGUCCGGUCUUGGAGCAAAAGAACCCUACAAUGGGCAGGCGAAAAGGUCAUGGACGUCCCCUUGCCAGAGGAUGAGGAAGAGGAUGAAGUGCUACCCGAUGACCCCUCUGCCCAUCCCAAAACCGAGUAG